GGUGCCCGGGAUACAUUUGAGAACUACUACAGGAAGCAGAGGAGGAAACAAGCUCGACUUGUGUUGCAGCCACAUUCUAACAUGCAUGAAACACUAGAGGGAUACAGGCGGUACUUCAAUCAAAUUGUAGGUUUCUUUGUAGUAGAGGACCACAUCCUGCAUACGACUCAGGGUCUGGUGAAUAGAGCUUAUGUGGAGGAGUUAUGGGAACUGGCCCUGUCAAAGACGAUUGCAGCACUACGUACCCACUCAUCCUACUGCACUGACCCUGACCUAAUUCUGGAUCUGAAGAACCUCAUAGUCCUUUUUGCAGACACACUGCAGGGUUAUGGGUUUCCAGUGAACCAGCUCUUUGACAUGCUGCUUGAAAUGAGAGAUCAAUAUGGAGAGAUUCUUCUAAAGAAAUGGAACCAGUCCUUCAGGCAAAUCAUUGAUCAAGACAAUUACAGUCCAAUCCCUGUGGCAACAGAGGAGGAGUACCGGCGAAUAGCAGGCCAAUUCCCCUUCCAGGACCCAGAGCUAGAAAAGAUACCUUUUCCGAAGAAACUUCCAUUCUCUGAGUUUGUACCCAAAGUAUACUCUCAACUCAAGGAGUUCAUCUACGCUUGCCUCAAAUACUCAGAGGACCUGCACCUUAGUUCUACAGAAAUUGACGACAUGAUCCGAAAGUCAACCAACCUGCUGCUCACAAGAACCCUCAGUAACUGCUUGCAGUAUGCCAUCAAGAAGAAGAACGUGGGAUUAGCAGAAUUGGUUCAAAUAAUCGUAAACACGACUCACCUGGAGAUGUCCUGUCACUACCUGGAAGAGUUCAUCUCCAACAUCACCAAUGUGCCUCCAGACACAGUCAAUGCCACCAAACUCUAUGGCACUUCCACCUUCAAGGAUGCAAGGCAUUCGGCAGAAGAGGAGAUCUACACUAACCUGAAUCUGAAGAUUGAUCAGUUCCUUCAGCUGGCUGAUUAUGAUUGGAUGGCGGCCCAAGGGGGUGGGCAGGCCAGUGACUACCUGAGUGACCUCAUCGCCUUCCUCUGCAGCACUUUUGCAGUGUUCACACACCUGCCUGGAAAAGUUGCUCAGACAGCUUGUAUGUCUGCGUGUAAACACCUCUCCACCUCCUUGCUGCAGCUGCUGCUGGAGGCCGAUGUCAGGCAGGUAUCCAUGGGAGCGCUGCAGCAGUUCAACGUUGACGUCAAAGAAUGUGAGAGGUUUGCCAGGGCCGGCCCGGUGCCUGGCUUCCAGGGGGACACUCUGCUGCUCGCCUUCAUCGACUUGAGACAACUGUUAGAUCUCUUUACCCAGUGGGACUGGUCUACGUACCUUGCUGAUUAUGGACGUCCUACCUGCAAGUACUUGAGGGUCAACCCACAUACUGCCCUCGCCCUUUUGGAGAAGAUUUCUCGAGCGAUGAAGGACACUAGUCGGAAAAACAACAUGUUUGCUCAGUUCCGUAAGAACGAGCGCGACAAACAGAAGCUGAUCGAUGCAGUCGUCAAGCAGCUGAGGAACCUCAUCGCUACCCACCAGUCCUGAGUCCACUGAUUGUUAUGUCAGCUAACCCCUGCAUGUCUUCCUUGACUGGUCAGCUUUUCUGACAGAGCAGACUACACUGACACGUCUUUAUUGGUGAUGGGGGGGGCUCUUCACAGUUUAACUGUAAAAGACAACUACAACAACAAAAAAAAAGUUGCACUAACAUACAUGAGUGCCAUGAGUCUUUGAAGACUAAUAUGUGCCUCACCCUGAGGUGUGCCUAUUAUGCCCAGACUGUUUUGCCAUCCUGUGCAAAUGUCUUACCAAUAUAACUCAGUGCCCUCAGUGUAAAUGAGACCUCGAGUUACCUGUCUUCCUAUAUAACUAUCUAAGCACACCAUAGAGUUGCCAGAUUGAGUUUUCACCAUAGCCAUUCUUUUGGUUCCCUUUCUUUUUAUGUUUCAGUGACACUUUGGUUGACAGCUCUCCAUACCUACCAACAGCACAUUUGCCAGUAUCCAUGUAUUUAUCUAUUUGGACCCAUACUUUAUAGAUAGAACUAGACUGUUACUUGUUACAAUGCAUCCUAGAAAUUGUAGUCUUAAAAUACUGCACAGUUCUGACUAUUAGUCAAACUGGAACAUGUAAUAGUCACUCUUCUACAUUUAGUAGGCCUUUAAAUAGAACAUAGGGCAGGAAUGAAGUUGCAAAUCAGUACUGUUUUUGCUUUAACCUUACCCUUCCACAGGGACUCAAUCUACUACUGGCAUUCUCCAUGCAGUGCUUAUGCAGAGACCACCUGCCAGAUCUAGAUAAAUCUCUUUUUGCUAAGGGAAAGCAGACAGCCUUUUGCAGUCUUCCAUUUCACCCAUGUGUUUGUGUUUGUUUACGCAACUUAAAGUGGGUGAAUACUCAUCUGAAAAAAGUGAGUGUGAAAUUGCUGUACUUAAAUGAUGGGUUUUCCUCCCUAGUGUUUUCUCACAUAAACGUGGGUGCAAUUUUACUUGCCUUUCAAAGAGGGAAAGAAUUAGAACAUUUUAGUUAAAGAAGGGGAGUGUAGUUCAGUUUUUAGUGGUUUAGUGAUAUAAACCCUACACCUUUAUAAAGGGAUACAAAUAUAAUCCGAAACUAAAGGGAAUUUUCCUCUGUUCUCUCAUCUUAAAGGAGACAGUUGUGGUGUUAGAAUGAGUGUGUAUGAGUAUGUUCACCGUUUUCUGGUUGUGCUGUUUGUGCCUUGACCUUUUUUUUCCACCACAGGAAUUGAUUUAAGUGUUCUGCACUGCACCUAGACUUGGUUUUGUGACCAAGCCAUGGGAAUGUAUGUGUGAGGAAGAGAGAGAAUGACGAGCCGUAAGAAUGUGUGUCUGUGUGUGAGUUUAUGUAUAGAAAAACUUUAUUCAUUUUGGUGUUGAUGGAGACAGGUGCACUGUACAGACUGUAAUGUUAAACCACUAAUGAAUGACCUUACAAUACUAAUAAAGUCUAAAAUGCCAACAA